AUGGAAUCGCCAGUGAGAAUAUUGAUAGGUGCGGCAGUAACAGUGCACCUACUACUGUUAACGAGCACAGCAGUUAAUGGCAGCGCUCUACCGAACGACACAUUCCCAACGACUGUGAAAGAUGAAAAAGUCUCGAAUUUUGGCCACUUGAACGGUACGCGGACAAUAAACGACAGAGUGAAAACACUAGACAUAGCGCUAAAUGAGCUGCAUCCUAAAGACUCCACUUCUGAAGAACACACUGAAAAUAAUAUCAAAUACAAAGACAGAGGAAGGGUAAGAUUCCAUUCCCAAUUGAAGUCAAGUACGGAGAGUCCCUUAAGACGAAUAAGAUUAUCACCCGUAACAUCAAACAUAGUAGAAGUGACUCCUGCUUCAGACGUCAAGAAACUGUUCAAAACUAUGGAUAGUACGCAAAAGGAUAAACCGACUAUAGCUCCCAUAUUAGCUUCGAGUACAAGCACCGUUACUAGUAUGCCACUGAGUGCGGAGAAAGAAAGUGACAAAAUAGAUAGUGAUGAGGAGGAAGAUGAGGAUGAUGAUGAAUAUGAUCAUUACAGAUCAACUAAGGACCAUGAAAGUGAUUUCUUUACCAUACCUGGUUAUAACGAUGACGAAAAGAAGUAUAAUAGAAUAAAAGAAGAAUUAAACACACCGUCCUUUGACAAAUAUUCAAGCUUCUUUUCCAAGGAUACCUAUAGCUCCCAAGAAAGUAAAAACGAUGGGCCGUAUAAGUUGCACAAUUUCUUCGAUUUUGAUAGUGAUCUCACGACACCAAAGAAUGAUUUCUUCGAUCAGAAAUAUCAUGACAUUUCGUCAAGUAUAAUGAAAAAUCUAGCUUCAAUUAAAACCAAAUCCCCGCCUGCAAAUGCUACAAACACCCAAAAAAUAAUCAAAGAGAAUGUUGGUUUUGAGAAACUGAGUAAUGGCUCACCAAACAACAAAUCAACGGUAAUAAUUAAAAAUACGAAGGAGACGCGACUUUUAGACAAUGAACAAGCAGGAUCGGUCAAUAGCGAGCUAUCCGAUGUUCACGAUCCAGUGUUGCAAAGUGACGUUAGUGGCGUGAAGAAAGUUGUACAAUCACAGGUAAUUUCCGAUAAUAUGAUACCAUCUUUGUGGAAAAGAGGUUCUAUGAAAUUCACUACGACUUCCGCGGCUCCAACGGUGGUCGAAACAGGUAUAAGCGACUUAGAAAUUCCUCCGACAAUGACCGCAUGGGCACUGGCUAGUUUAAGGAGUCCGCCAUCGUCCUCGAGUGCGGUAGGGAACGUAAGUGUGUCGACGCAGAAGAGCGUAGAUGAAAAUGAACUGCAAAAAGUCAGUGAGGUAGUAGACAAUAAAGAAACAAUCACAGCCCCUACAACAACAAUCUCGAUAAACUCUGGUGCCCUCAGCAAUGAUGUCUCAAACAAUGUCACUGAAAUGGACCAGAAUAAACUACCUUGGAAGCCUAUUACUUCGAUCAAUGACAUAAGUGAUGAAAAGGAAAUUGUAACAAGAUCAGAAAGACUUCCUGCUGAAAGCAACAUAUCUAUCCAAAGUAGUUUAAAACCGUCUAAUAGUACUCAAGUUCCACAAAAAAUUUCAAAAAUAGCGACGGAAACGAUUGAAAGUAACGAAUUGAAACCAUUAUGGAUCCCGGCUAUGAUUAACCCGGACGUUACUACCACAGAAGAGACGGUAGUAUCUGAAAAAGAUAACAUUCAACCAGUUGAUGCUACAAAGUCAACUGGUUUUGAAUCUAUAACGAAACUUCCAUCGGGCGUGACCACGCCUACAGACGAAAAUGAUAGCACUGUAACGCAACAAUCUGAAAUAGAAACUACCCCUAAUCUUGAAAUCACAACUAUCAGAUUAUUAUACGUUCCUCCUGAAGAUGCUACAGAGGAGACGGAGGCAUCGAGUACAAGUGAAAACUGGCGUUCAGCUAUUCCCACUAGAACCAUGCCAACCACAUUUGAUGACAGUCCAAUUACCACAUACCGGCCUAAGUAUACAACUACAAGCGUAAUAGGUGAAGAAACAACUGCAAUAUUUAUAGAUACAACACCACAACUAGAAAUAUCUUCACAGAUAAUAGAAGAUGCAACACAUGGAUCAUCAGGAACUUCGACGAAACCAACAACUGAAGCAUUUAAUAGGAAUCAACCGGCUACGACUGAUCUACCGUCAACUACAGUUACUGACUGUGAAGAGACUACUUAUGAAACGACGUCGACAACGACCAUCCAAACUGAAUUAAUUACAGAAAAAAUAAGAGAAAUAAUGGAUAUUAAAGAAACUACUGAAAAUCCGGAAGCAUUUAAAACAACGGACGAAUCAACACUGCACAUACAAACUGACAGUAGAUCAGAAGAGAACAGUGAUAGUAACGAAGUUAUUUUACAAGACACAACAGAAACACCAACAACUACUCCCAGUUCUAUACCAAGUACGAGCACCAUAACAGAAGAUUUCGCUCCUAAUACAUCUGCAUUUCCUUUGACGACAACCACACUUCAAACUACAACAAAUGGCGCUAAAGAAAAUGACGCACAACCCAAAUUAAAUGUAGUUACAACACAACAAAGUGAUGAAACGACAGCUUACACGACUGAAAUGACAACAAAAUCAAUCAGUGAGUUAGAAGAUUUGACUAGUUAUGCGGAAGAUGUGACUACAGAGUCUUCUUCUCGAGUGUUGACCGAAGAAGCUGGGUCAGGGGCGGCCAUAGCCAUCGCAGUAAGCACGAUUGGUGUUAUAGCUUUGGUCCUUCUCCUAGGACUAUUGCAAAUGAACGCGGCAGUGUCAUUGGAGCUGCGUCGGCUUCCCAUCGACCAACGGUCCCUCAUAUCGGGG